GUGUGUUUGGAUCAACUGGUGUGCAAUGGGAAGAUAUUUACUCCACAAGGGGAAACAAUCCUGAAUUCGUCCAUAUUUCCUUUGCUUGGAUGAAAAAUAAAGCACUGUAUUUGAGUAUCUGGGAGAUUCUCUAGCUUUAAGCUGUCUGGCAUGAGUCCUAGCAUUAGGCAUUUAAAAUCUCAUCUGCACAGGAUCAGACUCCUCCCCUACAGUCUUUUUUAGGUCCAGUUUUCCGUUAGGGUCUGUUGUCAAACAGCUGUGGCUUAAGGGACAGGUGGAAGUUUGAGAAUGUUGAAUGAGUUCAGUGGGAGCAGCUGUCAAACCGGCUUCAUAGCAUAACCGGCAUUGUCUUAGCCGUGUUGAAAGGACCCUAAGCAAGGGACAGAAAGAAAAGAAGAGAGAAAGACCAGAAGAAAAGACUGAGGGAGGCUGGGACACCCGGUAUGAUGCUCUCAGAACGGCUGACAGAUGAUGGAGAGGGUUGCUUUCAGCUAUGUAACGUGUUUAGGCAGAACAUGGAGAUAGACCAGUGUCUGCUGGAGUCUCUGCCGUUGGGUCAGCGUCAGAGGCUGGUUAGACGGAUGCGUUGCGAGCAGCUGCGCCUCUACUACGAGCGAGAACGGACGCUGCAGAAGCAGAGCCUCCCCAAGUCCCGGUCAGCCAACCGCAAAAAACAGAGGAUCAGCUUUACACCUCCAGACAUCAUCCAGGACGCAAUCAUACGGCAUGAUGACAAAGAGGUGUUAAGGCUGCUGAAGGAGGGAGUUGACCUGAACACGGUUAUUUCCUCAGGAGGAUCUCUGCUCCAUCUGUGUGCCCGCCAUGACAAUGUGUUCGCAGCAGAGGUUCUGAUCGAGAAAGGACUGAAUGUUAACCUGCAGGAUGAAGACCUUUGGACCGCCCUGCAUGUGGCCUGUGCCUGUGAUCACGCUGAUAUGGUUCUACUGCUGCUGCUGGCCGGGGUCAAUGUUCUGCUUCAGGACGUAAACGGGAACAUACCACUUGAUUAUGCCACUGAAGGGACGGAAACCAGCUACAUCCUCAUCAGACACCUGGAGGACAACGGAGUGGACAUGAGCUCUAUGCAUCAGAUGAAGACCCAGCGGUCGUCCACUAUGCUGUCUGAUGUUAGGCAGCUGAUCAGCAGCGGAGGCAGCGUCAACCAGCACAAUGAAGAUGGAGUCACACUGCUGCACAUCGCCUGUGCCAGUGGUUAUAAGGAGGUGGUGUCUGUAUUGCUGGAGAAUGGGGCAGAUGUGCAGGUGUCUGACAGCAGCUAUUGGACUCCCUUACAUCUGGCGGCCAAAUAUGGGCAGACCCACAUUGUGAGCCAGCUGCUGAAACACAAAGCUGAUCCAACUCUUCUGAACUGCAACCAGGACAAACCCUCAGACAUAGCUGCAACAGAGCAAAUUGCAGAGAUGUUGCUGAGUGCCGAAGACUUCUGGAUACAAAGACAAGCAGAUCCCUCAGCCCUGCCUCCACUAUCAGAAAUUAGCUGCACAGAUUCGAGUCAGGACAACAGCCCGCCUGUUAAAAAACUGGCCACUAUGGCUCUACCCAUCUCCAGGAGGGACAGUCUGUUGGAGAAGGAGGCCAUGUUCAGGGACACUGGAGGAGCAUUGAUCAAACAAACUUCACUUGAUAAUGGACUGGAUGGAGCAUUUUCCAGUGCUGCAGGAAAGCUGGAGCAGGUCAAAUUAAUGCCUCCUGCCCCAAAUGAUGACCUCGCAUCUCUCAGUGAGCUCACGGACAGCAGCCUGUUGUACGAGAUGCAGAAACGUUUCGCCAAUGACCAGAUAUAUACCUACAUUGGACACAUUCUUCUCCUCAUCAACCCUUACAAGGACCUGCCUAUCUACUCUAAUCUUGUCAGUCAGUUAUAUCUGAGCUCCAGCGGGCGUCUCUGUUCCUCUCUCCCACCUCAUAUCUUCUCUUCAGCUGAACGUGCUUACCACAUGAUGCUACAGGAGCGACGUCCGCAGUGUUUCAUCAUCAGUGGAGAGAGUGGUUCUGGGAAGUCUGUGGCCUGUAAACACAUCCUGAAGCACUUGGCUGCUCGCUCAAGUUCUAAAGGCUUCGCUUUAGAACCACGAAUGAAGCAUGUGAGCGCCAUCUUGGAAGCGUUUGGCCAUGCUAAGACUCAGAUGAACUCCUCUGCGAGCCGGUUUAUCAAGUUAAUCUCAUUACAGUACUGUGAGAAAAGAAGAACUCUACUCAGAGCUCGUCUGUACACAUAUAUGCUGGAGAAGUCAAGGGUCAUCUGUGUACCACCACAUCAGCAGAACUUUAACAUCUUUUACCUGAUGGCUGAAGGACUUUCAACGGAGGAGAAGAGUAAUCUAUAUCUCAACAAUGUCUUGGCACAUAGAUGUCUGAAGACAGCAUCUUCAGAUGAAACUCCUGCGGUCGCUACGGCGUGUCCUCAGAGUAGAGAGAAGCUUCUGGCCCUUAAACAGGCUCUGCGUGCACUUGGCUUUAACAGACUGGAGGUGGAGAACAUGUUUGUGGUCCUCUCUGCGCUUCUGCACCUGGGAGAUCUGCGCUUCACCGCCCUUACAGACGCUGACACUGCGUUUGUGUCCGACUUACAGCUGCUGGAUAGAGUUGCUGGAAUGUUACAGGUGAACUCUGAGGAUCUUGGCUCCGCCCUCACCUCUGAUGUGCAGUAUUUUAAAGGUGAUGUCAUAACAAGGCGGCAUACGGUUGAAAUGUCCAACUGUCACAGAGACCUCCUGACCAAAUCUCUAUACGGACGACUCUUCAGCUUCUUAGUCAAUAACAUUAACUUUUACCUCCAAGGCCAAGAGGAAAGCAUUGGAGAUCCUGCACUAGAAAUAAGUAUUCUGGAUAUAUUCGGCUUUGAGGAAUUCCAGAGGAACGGUUAUGAACAGUUGUGCAUUAACAUGGUGAAUGAGCGGAUCAGACAGCACACGCAAGAGGUGCUCUUCCAGUAUGAGCAACAGGAAUGUCUACAGGAGGGGGUUGCCAUGGAGACGAUACGCUCCCUCGGCAACCAGCCAGCGGUACUGGACUUCUUCUUCCAGAAGCCUCAGGGUGUGCUGUGUAUCAUUGAUGAGGAGAGUCAGUCCCCCCGGCCGUGUGAAAUCAACCUUUAUAAGCGACUGCAGAUGCAGCUGGAUUCCUCCUGUACAGACUCGGUCUCCCUCACAACCAAGGAUGGCAAUGGGAACCCGCCACCCAAAGACCAGGGGCCAUCGUUUACAGUCACUCACUAUGCUAGCAAGAUGACCUAUGACCUGACCGGCUCGCUGGAGAGAAACAGGGAUGUUCUGCCACAAAACAUCCUGUUUGUUAUGAAAUCUAGUGAGAACGUGCUCAUUCAUCAGAUGUUCCAGUGUAAGCUGACUCAAACUGGAUCCUUGGUUCCCCAGCACCAGUGGCUGAAGCUGCGUGGGCCCAAAGGCACAAUGCUUAACAGGAGUGCUACGCUAACUCCUGCCAGAGACGCCAAAAAAUAUGUGGAACUUAACAAGCUCUUGAAGAAAAAGGGAGCGAUGUCCUUCCUGCAGAAGCUGGAGCGUUGUGGACCGGUUACUGUGGCAGUUCAGCUCAGGAACUCUCUGUCUGAGAUCACCAGUAAACUACAAGCAUGUACGCCUCAUUUUGUUCAGUGCGUGAGGCCCAACAGCGUCGGAAAGCCUGACGUCUUUGACAGCUUCCACGUAUCCUCUCAGCUCCAAUAUGUGGGGGUUCUGGAGAUGGUUCGCAUGAUCCGCUAUGGAUACCCGGUCCGACUGUCUUUCACAGGCUUUCUCAGCAGAUAUAGAGAGCUGGUGGACACCAUCCUCACCGACAAGAAGAAAGUGUGUGCGAAGGAGAAGUGUCGGCACGUUCUGCAACAUUGUAAACUUCAGGGAUGGCAGAUGGGCAACAGUAAGGUUUUUCUGAGAUAUUGGCAGGCCGAUCACCUUAAUGACCGUUGCCAUCAACUACACAGAAAAAUUAUUAUCUGCCAGAAAGUGGUACGUGGCUGGUUGGCCAGACAGCGCACCCGUCGCAGACUAAACUCUCGGCAACAGGAGAAGUGCAGUGUCCAGCGCUUCCUGCAGGGGGCGGAAGACUUGGGUAUGCGUGUCUACGACAGCCUGGUCAUCCAGAACGCGGCCGAUAUUGCACGGGAGAAUGACCGCUUGAGGGGUCACAUCACCGCACCACCGCUAGGCGAACGUCCGGAACCCGUUGGUAAAGAGGAGGACUCGCCCAAGAGGGUUGUGGAAAAAAGUGGAAGGGUUAAUGAUGUGGCAGGCCGUGGGGGGAGUCGUACAAUCCGACAUUUCCGCUCCAGCUCGGUGCCUCUCCCCCUGGUAAUGGACAGUUUGGUACAUUCCAGCAUUGGGACAUCAAUCAAAGCGGCUCUUCAGCCUGCGCCACACUCCAUUGAAGAGGGCAGUGGAGGAAACCUGUCUUCACCACGAAAGCAACCUCCUCCCAAACCAAAACGAGACCCCAAUACGCGCCUGAGUGCUUCGUAUGAGGCAGUGAGCGCAGGGUUGAGUAUUGCACCUAAAGACAGUCCUGCUGAGGGGCAGGCAUCUCCGUCUGGUAGUCCUCCUAAAACUCAGCUUUCGCCUUCUGAUCCUCUGUCCAAACCACGCCCUCACAGUGAUGACUACAGCACCAUGAAGAAAAUCCCACCCCCCAAACCCAAACGCAGCCCCAAUACUAAAUUGACAGGCUCCUACGAGGAGAUCUCGGUACCCUCCCCUGCACGUCCCACAGACAUGAAGCUGUUCAGCUUGGCACGAGGGGGCCACUGCUUGGGCCUCAUCCAGCGAGCAGCAUCUGCGGAUGGCCCUCACUCUUCUGUUCUGAGCCUCUACCCCUGUCAGGAUGAGGAGGACGUGUACAUAGAGAUGGUGGGUGCCUCGCGAGCCCUCGCCCUGGCUGACUCCCACAGCCCAGAGCUUAGUGAGGCAGUUUACGAGGAAAUGAAGUACUUCACUCCUGAUGAGGUUGGCCCAGCUCCGGUCGCCAAGCCUGAAGUGAUCAAUCCCACUCCCCUACCUGCCCCAGUGUUGGAAACCAAGAGGCCUGUUACCUUAAUGGAGCCCCCAAGUACAUUUGGGGUAAAACAACAGGCCAAGGACGGGACUUGUGACAUUCCAGCUCCGUUUCCCAAUCUCCUUCCCCACCGGCCCCCACUGUUGGUCUUUCCCCCAUCCCCUGUAACCUGCUCACCUGCUUCGGAUGAGUCACCCCUGACCCCUCUGGAGGUGAAGAAGCUCCCGGUGUUUGAGACGAACCUUAAUUACACCAGCCAGGAUGGAGGCAGCCCUCUCUCACCCCAGUAUGCCCGCCAAAGGGCGGACUCCUCCCCUAGUCUGUCCGUCUUAAUGCCAGACAAAUCAACGCCACCCUUGACUCCUCCACCACCCCCUCCUGCAGCUCUGCCACCUCCUUACCGCCCCCCUUCCCAUUUCCCUUUCCCCCCUGAGCCAAACUUCCUGCCCCAUAACCGUGCAUCAUCUGUGGCUAGCACAGAUAUGCCUAAAGUUUCUCACAAAACAGGGCACGGUCUGUCAGAGACUCCUCCAAGUAGCGCAAAGCCUCCCUAUUCCCCAGCGAAGACCUCACGUCCAGAACCACGCAGAGCUCACUCAUGUUCAUCCUCUCCUUUGCUCUUUAACCCUGCCAAUGGGCGACCCCUCACCAGCCCCCUAGAUGAGCUCAACACCAUUUUCAGCACAGGGCGCAGCUUGCUUCGUAAAUCCACCACGGGAAGAAAGAUCAGAGACAGCGGACUCUCAAAUUCCAACAUAAAUCUACCAGGUCGAGAGGAUCAAGGCCCCACCACUCCAUUGUCACAGUUACAGGACAAAAACGCCAACAACCACACCUCUCCCAACUCUUCAAACCCUGCUCCCGUUGAGAAUGGCAACCAAAUUUCUAAUGGUAAUGGGGCACAAGGGACGUUGGAAGACGAAGGGCAUCCGAAGUCGAACGCAUCCAGCACCUCAGUGUUACACAGACACAUGGAUAGUCACCACACUCAGGUGAUCCAGAGGUCACGUGUGAGUUGGGACCAUCGGGCCACUCUGCAGGAUUUAUUGCGUUGGCGGAGAAGUGUUUGCGAUGGUCGACCCGACUGGCAGAACGCAUGGCUCCAUGCAAACACCUCAUCCACCUUAACGUUGAAGAACAAGAGAUCCAUGACCAAAAAAGCAUCGUCCUAGUGAUUGUGGUCUUCCUGAGUCAAUCCUCGGUUAUCCCCACCUCACUCCUUAGGCCCGAUGGCCCUUUUUACGUUAAACGCUUGCCCUUAUCUAUGCAGGGCUAGAUUCUGAACUCAGGUAAGAAGGGCAUCCUAAUGUGAAGGUGAGAAGGUAGAUGGCCUGGCUUAUUUUCCUCUACCUUCUUUCCUCUCUUCUUUUGAGAAAAUAAAGGGAUCUAUGGAAACAAGAUUGCCCCACAACUUGUGCUCCAACUAAUGGCCAACUAGGACCAAAAACAUGAAGCCCCAAACCUUAAGGAUGGGAAUCAUCACUGGGCAGCCAAAAGAGGCACGGCUAUUUUUAACCUUAUUCAAAGUGACCGACAGUAACUGUUGCUAUGUUUGAAAGAUCCGAUCACAUUGCCUUGAUUGCAACACAUCAACGCUAAUCUUAGGGCUGUGCAAACAUCUAUCUGUGCUACUGCGUGCUAUAGUUUAAAUCUACAUAGUUGGCCAUAUUUUAGUUUAAAACUCUGGUGCUGGUCCUUCCACACGUGAUUGUUGUUGCCUGUGUGAAAAGUGCCAGAUCUGUCUCAACUCAAACACUGCAAGGCACACGGUUGUGACAGACAUCCUUAAAGUUUACAAGAUAAAAAGACCUCCGAGGUCUAGCUUUGUGAACAAUGUCCUUCAGGUUCAGAGAAGCAGCUACACCUUAUGCUUUCUUCAGGUGCUUCGGUUACCCUCCAUCAUUGGUGGCAACCAUCACACACAGGUUGUGACCUUCAGAAGAGGUCAGGGUUCAGGGAAAUAACCAGUAACAUCCCAGGUUCAUGACCUUUCCACCAGCUUCUGGAAUAUAUGUGUCUGUGUUAAGCUUUGCACACCGUACCCCAAUACACAACUCAAAGAUUUUUCUUGUUGCUCUGUUGACAACCGUUGAACAAACUGAGGAUGGAUGCUUUUAUCAAAUGGUUAAAGAGCACAAUUAUCCAAACACACCUGAAAUCUAAACCUGGAAUCUUACUGCCAAUUUGACACAAAUUAUCCGAAAACUCUACAACAUCUCCCAACAUUUUACUUCAAAGGUGCUCAUUUAAGAAUGCUGGGUUUUGUGGAUAAUGCAUGUCAGUACCUUGCUAGAUGACCUUCUGGCCUCACAAAAGUUUCAGACAAUCCAUCUCUCUCGUGGUUUUCCGUGCUUAAACGUACACAGGCGGCUCCAAACAGACUUCUCGAGAGACGUGGGAGAUUUGGUUUGUACAUAAAAUGGGCAGGUGCAGAUUUAUUGCCUGAAAUGACUACAGAAUAAAUAUUUUUGAACAUCGAAGACCAGUCGACCGCACCAUAAGCACAGCCACGUACCUGAUGUACAGGCAUUUUUAUUUUGAGAAUGAACAGGACUCACCGCCUGGUGCUUCACAUGUACUGGUUAUCAUCAGUAUGAUUGAAUGGGUAAUAUACAGAUUGUGAAGGCAGAAUGUAUUAUGAGUAUGUUGACAAAUUAUUGUCUAUAUAAUGGAAAGAGAUUGUUAAAUGUGUUUGAGGAGGUACUGCAAAUGCUAAGGCGGUUAGUUUUAUAGUGUGAAUAUCAUUUUAGUACAGAACGAUUGUCGUUUUUUUCAUGAUGAACUUUAUGCCCAUUCUCCAUCCCUACAAGACUGUGGUCAAUGUUCAGUAUGUAUAAAGAUCUAUAAUGUGUUGUACAGAUUGUUUGUGUUUGUGCAGAUAUGUUUGAGUUGCACUUUUGCCUCCCCGUUUGGUUUUAGCUCCAUGAAGCUGAGCGUCUAUUCAUUGCUGUUUGCUUAUUUUGAAGGUUGGAUCCUGUCUUGCUUUAAGAGGGUAUAUACAGAGUCCCCAAAUUACAGAGCAACGUUACACCACCUAAAAACAGCCCAAUAUGGUAUAGUGAGUGAUCAGAUCCAUGUUAAAAGUUGAAUGUACAUACAUGGUUCAAUACUGUGCCAAUGUCUUAGGCCACCAUGCCACCAUUAGAUCUGUUGUUUUGCAAUUGUUUAGUAAAAA